AUGCGCGUACCAACACUGCUCUCCCUUGCGGCGCUUCUAACCAACGCAAUCGCCAUAACCACCACAACCGUCCUGACGCCAGUGGAACAAUCACCGUACUACUAUCUGGGAUGCUAUCCCUACACUGCAGAUGUCGCCAUCGGGGCAUACGACAUACCGAACAUUGCCACAGGUUACAACAACGGCAACCCAGUCGAUUGCCAGAUCGGCUGCGAUCAGCAAUUCCACGCACCCUACGUCUUCAUGUACGGCACAUACUGCUACUGCCAGGUCCGCGAGGUGGAGUUCGACAUCCACCAACCGGGCGGCGCUCCAGUCGACAAUUCCUUCUGCACUACGCCAUGCUUCGUGGACCCCAACGCCCCGUGUGGCACAUUGUCCGAUGCGGAUGCUGGGAGGUAUGUCACGGUGUACGGCAAUGACCACGUUGUCGAGUAUCAGCACAUUGGCCUCAUCGUCAACAUCAUCGAUACCUCAAAGCAGAGAUUAUCUUCCGGAAGGGUCUUUGGCAAGUACAUCAACAUCGGCGCUAUCCUCGGCCGGUGUCUCUACGCGAGGACCUAUCAUGUUCACCCCAGGCCCAGUCCCGACAUCAUUGAUAGCACCUGGGAGCUUGAGCAUCUCUACAACAUCGAGGUCUUCGGCAGCCUCCUUAUCUGUCCAAAGCCCGGCCAUUUCGAGAACCUCGACCUCUUUUACGAGCCCAAACAGCAUGGUUCUGGCUUCGGGUUCUACAACGUCUACAUCUACCACAACAGUGAGGCCCGCAACGUCCACAUCCACAAGAACAACCGCCAACACCCUACCGUCUUCUGCGAGCCCCCUAUCGUCCUCCGCAUCGUCUCCUUUACCCAGCUCCAGCACAACGGGUUCGUCGGCAUCGCUAUCACAGAUGUUUUCCGCUACAUCUGCCGGUUCUCAAAAUCCGAUAUUGUCCGGCACUACGUUGGUCCUGUCUUCAAGCGACUCCACCUCGCGGGCAACCACUUUCCAGCUGAUCAACUCUUCCUCGACUUCAACGACGACACCGAUGACGGGCAAUACUUCAGUAGCACAAAGCGCGUUGACAAGUGA